ACGUUGCUCAUUGCGCGCCUUUGUCAAACCCCGCCCCCCAAAUUCGCGGGAGAACUGAAAGAUGCUUACAUCGUCCACCACUUGAAGGUGUUAAUCCAACCAAGCAACCAACCAAGCGGUCAGAGAGAGCUCAGCAAGCAAUCUAAAACUCAUGGCGGCGGCUCCUGAAAUGGAAGAAGAGCAUGGUCACACUGAGGCCGGUCAACGUCUUGACUUUCAUACUGCUUUCCACGGAAGCGUGUUUGAGAAAUAUCAUGUGCUUCCUCUUCAACUGGCUACCCUGGAUGCCCGUGGGGUGGUCUAUAGGCCAUCCUUUAUUAACAUAGGCCGAUUCAUGCUGCAACCAGGAAAUGUCGACCUGCUGAAGGGGGAUCGUGAAAUUUUCAUGAAUGAGUUUGUCAAGUUUUGCAAUGCCAAAGGUACUGCACUUAACAUGUCAGACUGCCGUGAUGCUGUGGACGUUGCUGCUGACUACAUUACUGUGUUUGGCGACCUCGAGGAGGGAGAGGAAUCAGGGGAUACCUCUCAGGAUCUUCUAACAAGGAUGGGUUGUGAUGCAAACCCUUACACUUAUGUCCGGGUCGGUAUGGAUUUGGCUUUCUGCAUGGUGGAGUUUGCGCUCUCAGAUUCUGUGCGGCUAGCAGGUGCUCCUGACGAGGACCAUUUGGCCAUCGAUACACUUGUGCAGCUCAUUGAUUUUGAUCUGGUGGGAAUCGACGGUCAGCACUUCUCGCUGCGAAUUAUCCUGACCAUGGGGUAUAACAUUGUGGAUGGCUGGUCUGUGGAUGUCAGAGAUCGUCAGAUGGGCACCCUGAUCACGACAGGUGCAGGUGAGAUGUUUGAUGCCAUUGAUGACUUACCUGAUGAGACAGGUAAUGAGGUAUUCAGUGAGAUUGAUGAAGGUCGGACGGUGCUGAUCAUUCGGAAUGGCAAUGUGGUCAAAGAGCGGUACAAGCCGCACGGUGAUGUCCCUACGGUCCUCACAAGGGUCACAACGUCAGCGGAUUCUUCUUCUUCUUCUCGCUUUUAUAAGCUAGGAGAUGGUUGCGUGCUCGAUGAGGAUGAGGAUGUGCGUUUGUACUUUGAAGACUGUUGUUCUCGGGGCAUCAUCUCCACCUCAAACGUAGGAGAGGAAGAGAUGAAAUCCUUGUAUCAUCUCCGCGAAGCUUCUUUCGUAAAAGAGAAUGGAGAUUCGAUUUCCUAUUGCGGCAAAUCUGAGUUCGAGCGGUUACUGCCUGUCGCUGCUUCCAUCACUUAUCUGUAUGACGGCUGGGUGUCUCGGCGCGUGUACUCUAGCUUUGACUCAGUUGUUCAGAAUUUCAGGCUUCGCGCAUCAUCGCUGCAAGAGUCGCAGCAAAGGGAUUUCCAACAAUUUCAAAAGAAUUGCAAACGCUUCCACCGGAUCUUCAAGGGAACCUGCUGGGAUAGAUUGCCCAAAGAUUUGAUUGUGCGGAUAAUAGAGAUGGUGGUGCAGCCACCACGCCACAUAGUUCUACCUUGGAAGAGCGCUUGGACCAGCUCUCACGGCGUACGCACCGCCAACCACGGGGGGGUCAAUGUAACUCUGUAGCAGCAGCAGUUAAUAUUUGGUGAUAUGGCUGGACUAUGUCUGCAGACGUCCUUGUUCCUGUGGUGGAUAGAAAGACGUUUCAACCUCCAGUGCUCCAUAAAUGAGAUAAUGAAAAUUAUGAAACGUA